GGGGAAGAAAUUCUUAAUAUGAAAUCUAGAUAUUUACAACCCAAGAACCCCGCAAACAUCUUACUAUAAAUAUAAGAAGAAGAAAAAGACCCUAAUGAACUUGGGCGGAAGAACUUUUCUAGAAAGUCGGCGAAGAAGGUAAAUUUUUUCUCGUUGCAUUUGAGAUCCCGCUUUUCUCCAUUGAAUUAUAUAUCACUUUUAAGCCGAGGUUUUUUAUGGAUACUAUUUGUAACAAUUAGGGCUAAUUAUCCAUAUAUCAGCUAUUUUAUCGUCCUCUGAUUUUGUUUGUUUUACUUGAAUCGAAGGUUAAAACAAUCGGCACAGUCUCCCGUGGAUCUGAACCCUUCUCUUUACCUUGCGAAAAGGUUGGAACAAUGUCUUCGAUGCUAACCCCUGGCUUUGAGUUAAGGAUUGCAAAGAUCAGUGAUUUCCCAGACAGGGGUGUUCUUCCUGAGGAUGCGGACAUGCAUGAUUACCCUAAGUAUGAGAAGGGAACCUCAGCAUUGGGUUUUAUUUUCAGCAGAGAAGGGGGGGUCCUUGUAGCUGUUGAUCAUCCCAGCCUGUCAUCUGGUGAUUAUUAUCCCAACAAUGUUCUGUCACUCAAUUCGCACCUGCUUGCUGCCUUUUCCGGUGGGAGCGAAGAUUCUCGCAGUUAUUUGCUCAAGCAGCUGCCAAAUCAGUGUCACGAACUUGAACUCAAGGAGGGGAGAAAAGCUUCUGCUGCUGAAGCAUCAAAGUGGCUGGCUGACUUUCUCUCUCUUCAUCCUGACAGCGACCAGGGCAUGUCACUAGGAAUACUGAUUGCUGGGUGGGAUGAUGAAUUGGGGCCUUCCCUUUUUAAAGUGGAUGGUAAUGGGAAGUUGGCCGAAGGACAGUUGUAUGGAACUGGAUCUGCCUCAGCUGCUGUAGCAUUAGUUAUUGAAGAGUAUUCUUCUUUAGCCCCGAUUGUUCAGUUGUAUUGCCUGCGUUGCUUGAAAUUUUUAGGAAUUGACACUUGAACUUCUUUAUGGUCCUUUCGCGCAUAAAUUCAGUCUUUCCAUUGUGUGAUGGUUGGAAUAUGUUUUUAGGUUUGAUCCAACAUCUCCAUGGAGAUGGCUUCUCUGGAUCCUCUGUCUGCUUAUGCAGUUGUUUCUGUAUCUUCUUGGUUUGGUUGAGUGUUUGAGUUUUUGGGGCUUAGGAAAUAGUUUGUAAGUUUGCUAUGGUUGUGAUUGAACUUGUAGUCAAGUUGAUAAAGAACAAAUACAUCUUUUGUGUUGUCAAACUCGUUGUUGGUCGCACGUGUUUACUAAAAUUUCUCCCUGUGUAGCAUUCUCUCCCUUUGUUAAUGAAAAUAGUAAGUCAGUUUGUUUUCUUCCAUAAGUCUGGUGAAUAAACGUAUCUUAGUGCAUAAAAGGUUGCUCUAGCUUAAUCUCAAUGCUUACCCCUGCGCCAGGGCUCAAAGCCUUGUGCAUAAAUGGUUGGCCUAGCUGAAUAGUCAUAUCCCAAGUUUUGUAAGCUAUUCAACUCAUGAGUUUUCUUUGUUUGAAUUCCUUGUGCUAGGAUGAAAGUCUAGGUAAUUGUCCCGAUGAGAUUUCCUUGAACUAGAAUCUCCAUACUUGCCCCGACCAAACCUUGGGCAUAAAAGUUUGCUGUAGCUGAAUAAUCUUAUCUGUAAUGAAUCGCUUAUAUUUGUAGGAUGAAUUGGUCUUGUUUCUGCUUUUAUAAGCCCAAAUAAAUCCUUGGUCUUUCUUGCUUAGCUUCCAUAAUUUCAUUAUGGUGGAUAAACCAUGGCCUUGGUGUAUGUUGUCAGAUUCAGGAUUACUCCUGUACAUCUUGAUGGGCACUUGAGAGCUUAGUGGAUUUCAUUUUCAUCCUUUGCCUCAAGCGUAUUAAGUUAUUUCAAUUUGUCCUGAUGUCAUUUGAGAGCUCGCAUUUAACUUACCUUUAAUUGCUGCUAAGCUCUAUUUUCUGUCUUAUUUUUACUUGGUAGUAUUUCAAGAACUUGUUUCUGUUUUUUCUACAGGAUCUAUGGUCGCAGUAUGACCCUGGUUCCUGCUAGGGAUUUGGCCAAAUUUGCACUUUGUAUUGGUACAUAUUCUGUGCCUGAAUUUGCUGAACAUAUCAGCGGUAAGUUUGUGAUCUCCCGGCCACUUUUAGCAUGUUGCACGUUAAUCCGUACCUGGAGAUUGGUGCAUGUAUGUCUCUUUGUUGUACAUUCUUCGUAAAAUAAAGUGGACUGUGCAUUUUCUUUUUUACAUUUAUUCUUUCCCCCUCCUGAUUGUGUGUAUGUUCUUUUUCCGGCAUUCAAGUUUUCCAUGUUGGAAGUGCUGGCGUUAAAGUGGUGGUCUCUAAUGAGAGUAUACAAGAAAACCAAAAGCAACACUUCGGGAGUAAGUGGCGGGACCCCAAGUCCAAAAAAUUUCACCCCCACUUCAUGGUUUAGGAGAAUCGGCAAGAGGUGUGAUGCUGGUAGUUCUUUCCUGUGUUUUUCCUUAUAUGUUGGUCUUAUGCUUUCCUUUUAUGUGGACGAGGGAUUUCUAGACUGUAUUUAUUUUUAUGCAUUUCCGGUACUUUAUAUUUAUGUAUGUCUUGAGCGAGAAUGAAGUAAAUCCAUAGUUUAUCUUUGAAGAAAGAUUUCUCUUAUGAUCCCGUGUAACAAAAUAUGCAAAUGAACAAUUAUACGUAGGUUUCCUAAUCAAAAAAUUUGUAACCAAACAAGAAAAAAGAAAUAACAAAGUCUCACAACCUUCUAACUUUUACUAUA